AUGUUCCCCAACGGGCUAAAGCAUUUGUCGAAUGCCCUGGCAACGCCCGAUCAAUUAUCAAAUUCUUCAUCCUCCAUUGACGGUGUCCCGUCUGAUCUCGAGACCUCCAUUCGCUGUGCGGGCGCCCAGCUCACCCAAACCGCCGGCGUCCUCCUACACCUGUCGCAAGACAUCAUUGCCCAGGCGAUCGUAAUCUUCACGCGGUUUUGGCUCGGUGGGGAUGGAGGCAGCCUGCGGAUCUAUUCGGUUAAGGAUGUAUCAGCCGCCGCCCUGUACCUGACAGCCAAGCUUUCCUUCCAACCAACCUCCCCGCGUUCCGUCCUCAAUGUCUACACAUUCCUCCUCUCAAAAGAUGCCUCGCCAUUGUGGUUUGUGAAGCAUGGUGGGGCUCCCGAGACCCCUCCAUCACCCGAAACGUAUAUUCUGUCCGAGGGCGGCUAUCAGUCCGCGCGUCUGGUUCUCCUCCGCGUUGAGACCGUCAUCCUCCGCACGCUCGGCUUCGAUACACAUGUCGCCCUACCCCAUGCCAUUGCUUUGACAUAUCUCCAAACCUUAGGCGUGGCAAAGCCCGCUGUUGCUCAACGUGUCAUUCAACAUCUAAACGCGGCACUGCUCUCGCCUCAACUUCUCUAUGUCACACACCAACCGAAUGCCCUCGCUGUGGCAGCCAUCUAUCUUGCUGCACGAGAGGAGGGGGUUAAGCUUGUGGACAGUGAAUGGUGGGAGGUCUUUGACGUUGAUCGUGAAGAGCUAGGCUUUUUGGUCGUAGGUAUGAAGAGCACCGAAGGCUUUAUGCGGGCGGAGGUCAGUCAAUGGAAAGGCAGAUCCAUUCCUAUGGUAGUAGAUGAGGUGGAAGCCGAAAUACAGCAAAGACGGAUGAUGGAGGAGGGGGAAUGA